UGCGUUGUACGCCUGCACCUUAUCUCCAUGCUAUAAAAAAAAACACACUGGACUCUGCCAAACCAUAGAGAGAACUUGCAACAUGUCUCAGCAACUUCUCUCCCAAGCCCUGGUGUCCAUAAACUGGCUCUCUGAGGCCUUGAAAACCUGCAAACCAGGUCCAGCUCUAUGUGUUCUGGAUGCUUCCUUCUACUACCCACCUAUCAGAGAUGGAUGGAAGGAGUAUGAAGAAAAACAUAUACCAGGAGCUUUGUAUUUUGACAUAGAUGAAUGCAAAGACCAGACAUCUCCAUAUGAAGUGAUGAUCCCCAGUGAGUCUUAUUUUGCCAAAUACGUGGGCAAUCUUGGCAUUAACAAUGAAACUCAUGUUGUGAUUUAUGAUGCUAAUCAAGUUGGUGUUUAUUACGCUGCAAGAGCCUGGUGGAUGUUUAGGGUUUUCGGGCACAGUAAGGUAUCUGUUCUGAAUGGGGGCUUCAGAAACUGGGUAAUGCAAGGCCUUCCUGUGACAUCAGAGGUGGUGAAGCCAAAGCCGGAGUCUUUUCGAGCAGUGCUGAACCCUGCCCUGGUGAAGACAUUUGAGGACAUUCAGAGGAACAUGAAUACAAAAGAAUUUCAGCUGGUAGAUUCACGUUCUGAAGGGCGAUACAAGGGUACAGAGCCAGAACCUGGAGAAGUGAUAUUUCCUGGUCAUAUUCCUGGAUCCUUAAACCUCGUAUUUACAAGCUUCUUGACAGAAGAAGGGUUUGAGAAGUCCCCAGAUGAAAUGAAGCAACUUUUUCAAGAAAAGGGAAUUGAUCUGAAGAAGCCUCUGACUAUUACUUGUCGACGUGGCGUUACUGCGUGCCAGCUGGCACUGGCUUCAUUCAUUCUGGGCAAGGAAGAUACUGCUAUCUAUGAUGGCUCAUGGUUUGAGUGGUUCCACAGGGCUAAACCAGAAGACAGAGUCACUCUGUGGAAUGAUGGGAAGUGAGGAAUAAGAUAAUGAUGUACUAUUACUACGAGUGUUACAUGAUUAUUGGGUCAGUAUAACAAAAAAA